AUGUAUUUACCACAGAAAUCUGCAAAUGAAACAAAUCCUUAUUCAUAUAAACAAUUUAAAUUAGGUGUCGAAGGUACCCACAUUCAUGAAUUUUAUCAACCAGCUGGUAUAUGUAUUGAUAGUAUUACGGGAUAUUUAUAUAUUUGUGAUCGGGGUAAUUAUCGAAUACAAGUCAUGACACCUGAAGGUAUAUGUGAACGUGUGAUUGAAUUAUUUUUAAAUAGUAAAAAAAAAAUUCGUUUGGAUCCUGUACGAAUUGCUCUUCAAAAUAAUUCCGAUCAUAUUGUUUGUAUUAUUGGUGAGGGUGAUUCUAUAUGUCUUAUUCCAAAAUAUAGUAAUGGACGAGUAUAUAUCGAUCCAUUCUAUGUUAUUGAUGAAAAUGGGUUGGGUAUUAAAAAUGCUGCUGGUUUAGCACUAGAUAUUCAAGAUCGUAUCUUUAUUUCUGAUACAGGUCAUAAUCGUAUUGUUAUUUGUGCACCUGAUGGGACUUAUAUAACAAGUUUUAGUACAGAAGGUAGUGAACUUGGACAAUUACAACGUCCAUGUGGUUUAGAUGUGACAAAUGAUGGAGCUGUUGUUGUUACUGAUCCCGGGAAUAAAAGAUUACAUAUAUUUGGUACUAUACCUAAAGAAAACGAUUCUUCUAAUACGAAUACCAAUGAUAGUAAUAAUUGA